CAUCGAUCUUGACUGGACACUGCCAUGACCCACUCGGCAGCGACCCUCCACGCUCUGUUGGCAGAGUUGCGGGCCGAUGCAGCGCGGACAUUGUCAAGAGGCCCGACGGUGCUUGUGGCUGGCCCCACGGACGCCGGCAAGUCGUCGUUGUGUCGCCACCUAUUGUGGCACUCCCAGUUGCAGGCAUACGACAGUGACGACGGUGGCGCGAGUCGGCAGCACCCCAUCGUGUUUGCAGAUGUAGAUAUUGGCCAAGGCGAAAUCGGAUUGCCUGGUACCAUCGGGGCCUCCAUCGUGACGCGGGCAAACUUCUUGGUGGGAUCUGCAGACGUCGACAGGAACAACGACGCCGACCUGGCCGAAUUUGGCGCCAACCACAACCAUCCAUUACGGUGGCUCUCGAAUUUGCAUUUCUACGUCGGCCACACCAACAUGGCGGAGAAGAGCUCGUUGUUCAAAUGGUAUGUCAAGGAACUGGCGAGUCGGAUUCGAAACAAGCACUCAGCCGAUCCCAUGUUGGCGGCGUCUGGCGCAGUUAUCAACACGUGCGGGUGGGUGGAAGGCCAAGGCUUGGCCUUACUUAUGGCGACGAUCGCAAUCUUCCAGCCAUCGCACGUGGUUGUUGUGGGAGACGUCAAGUUGUACGACCACCUGCUGCAUGAACAGGCAGCACCGCAUGUCCUUGGACUGCCACGGUCCCACUUGGCGCAGCGCCGCUCUGCAUCGUACCGUCGAGACGCAAGGAAUGCUCGAUUGAGACAGUACUUUACGCCGCCGUCGUCGAUUUCACCGUCGCCGUUCCUCGUAAACGUGGCGAUUGCCGAUGUCCGAUUGUUUAUCGUUGUCGUGACACCGCACAAGCCGACCCAAGUAAGGCGCGUAGCCGUGGUGGAGACCCUGACUCGCGCGGUCGUGGCCAUGUGCGCCGCUCCGACCACUGCCGACCACGCCCUUGCCCGCGCAACGGCGCUGGGAUUCCUUUGCAUCCACUCGGUGAACAGCACCGAGAAGACGAUUGAGUUUUUGUCGCCACGUCCUGGACCGCUCCCGUCCACCCAUUUUAUUCUUGGUCAAAUUGAGUGGAUCGAAGGGUAGCUCGUGGAAGCGCGGGGGGAGGGGGCGCGCUUCGCUAUCAUGGGGGUCGUGACUGCUUCGCAGUACCUUAGCGACUCGCUGCCUUUCGUCGUCCAAAUUGGUCGGAUCCACUUGUCUUGAACAUCAGGAGAUCAAUCAUUGCAUGAUACAUCUCGAUGCUUAUC